AUGACAAUCAAAUUCACCGUAUACAAGGGCUCUAAGGAUGGAAUCAUUCAAGCGGAGACUGAGAAGGAGCUCAAACACGACGAUGUUCUAGUACGAACCACGCAUUCGGGAGUUUGUGGCACCGAUGUCCACUACCAAUCCGCCGAUAUGGCCCUUGGCCAUGAGGGAACAGGUGUGGUGGAAGAAACUGGACCAGACGCGAAGCUUUUGAAGAAAGGCGAUCGCGUGGGUUGGGGCUAUGAGCACGACUGCUGUGGUUCUUGCAAACAAUGCCUCACUGGAUGGGAGACAUUAUGCAAAGAGCGAAAGAUGUACGGCCUGGCCGAUCUCGACCAGGGAUCUUUCGGUACCCACGCUGUGUGGCGCGAAGCCUUUUUGUUCAAGAUCCCCGAGAACAUGAGCAACGAGGAUGCGGGACCAUUGAUGUGUGGUGGAUCAACUGUUUUCAACGCCCUCCACACCGCAGAGGUUCGUCCGACCGCGCGUGUUGGUAUCGUCGGGGUAGGCGGUCUGGGACAUCUGGCUAUCCAGUUCGCCGCAAAGAUGGGCUGUCAGGUCGUGGUCUUCUCUGGCACAGACAGCAAGAAGGACGAGGCGAUGAAGCUGGGAGCCGGCGAGUUCUAUGCGACCAAGGGUGCGAAGGAGUUGAAGAUCAAAGCCCCGAUCGAUAAUCUCAUUGUGACGACCAGCAGUCAGCCAGACUGGCCGCUCUACCUCAAUAUCAUGGCCCCCAGCGGUGUGAUUUCGCCUCUGUCUGUUGAUUCAAACGAUCUCAAAAUCCCAUAUAUGCCGCUGCUCGUAAAUGGUCUUCGGAUUCAAGGUGGUAUUGUGGGUUCGAGACAGGUACACAAGGAUAUGCUUGAAUUCGCUGCAUUCCACAACAUCAAGCCUGUCAAGAUGACCUUCCCUUUGACGUUGGAUGGCGUCAAAGAAGCUUUGAAGACAUUGGAAGAUGGAAAAAUGCGUUAUCGCGGGGUUUUGGUGGCACCCUAG